AUGAAUAAUAAAAACCAAGCGUUUAAAACUAACUUUGUAAAAUGGGCUUCCAAACAGUUGAACUCGAUAGGAGCUGAUGGACCCGUUUUAGCAGAGUAUAUUGCGCUUUUGUUUGAACAAAGUUGUAAAGUAGUACCUGUAGACAAUUUAACUCUCAACGAAGUUCUUUCUCUUAUAACCUCACAAUUGGAAGCCGCGGGGAUCGAAGCUCAACAAAGUACUGAUUUAGCUAAAAAGUUAGUUACCGUGUGGAUGGGAAAAGACCAAAGCUACUUUUUUUUAAAAGGUAAACUACGAAAGUCUCCUAACAAAGCUUCACCCACCAAAACCGCCAAGGCUAGAAUCGUUUCAAAGGUCGAGGUUUCUCCUGAAAAAACCCCUUAUGUUGGUUCCUGCAUGGAAGCGUUGGAAAACUUGAAUUUGUCUGCAGAAGAAAACACACGCACGGACCAACUAAACGAAGAACUCAAUCCUUAUUCUGAAGCCGCAAACACGCUUGUUACGAUGUUUAAGUUAUGCACUUUUGAUCUCGCGCAGUUUAUACUGCAAGAAGUCGAGGGCGAUGUGGAAAUGGCUAUUGAAAUUUUCUUGGAAUAUUAUGGUGAGCUUAAGGGAGAGCAGGGACCGUCCUCAGUGUCCUCGGAAACACAGGUCCCUUGCCGUUACUUCCUCAAAGGCUCGUGCCUGCGAGCUGACUGCCGGUUCUCCCACGAUGUUUCUUCCGCUCCCUGCAUGUUUUGGGCUCACGGCGCAUGUUUCAAAGGUUCCGCGUGCGAAUUUCUUCAUAAUGAGCUUACUCACUCGGAGUCUGUGCGCGCCAGUGAGGAGCAGAGGGUCAAAUUCGAGAACUCCCACGAUUUUCCCAGUCUUUCUACGGAGAGCCUCUCGUGUUUAGGGCCACGCCAACCCCCAGAGCCAAGGCAGAGCAUUUGGUCUCGGUCUGGACAUACUCUCGCUAGGACUAUGAAGUUUAACAAGCUGUUGGAAGUUUUUCCUGGCACUCCGGAGUUUAUUGUUGAACACUUCUUCAAUCGCAAUAAUUACGACUAUCAACGCACUGAAGAGGCUCUCGGGAAAUUGUAUCCAGUCGUGAGAAUGAACAAGAAAGGAGCCCCCCUCCCGUAUCGGCAGUUACGAACCCGUGAAACACUUUCUCAUUCUGUUGAGCCCGGCGUUAAUGAGUGGGUAGACACGGGGACUCCCGUAUCCGAGUUGUACAACCGCUACCGGAGAGUGGCGGUCGAGCACGCGCGUUUGAGAAACAAAUAUUUUCAGGAGGCUGUGAAGGCCUACCAGCGCAAUGAUGUGAAAGCAGCCAAGAUAUUCUCGGAGAAGGGGCAUCACCAUGAUGAACUUAUGCAUGCUCUUCAGGAGAAAGCUUGCAAAGAAAUUUUUAAUACGCGCAACCCCUCUGGGAAUCCUUUUGUCCUUGAUUUGCACGGUUUACAUAUAAAAGAGGCAUUGGCCAUCCUGAAAAGCUCUCUGGAAAGAGCCUCUAAGCAGAAGAAGAGGAAGUACCUUUAUACCAUCAUUGGAACAGGCCGUCAUUCACUUACGAGACACGCCAAACUACGACCAGCAGUGGAAAAUUUUCUUAGCCUAAAUGAUUAUGCCUUUGUGGACUGCAGUAGCGACCGCAGAGGCGAAUAUCUAUGCACACAAAAUAGGGCGCCGCCUCAAUUGCCGGACGACUGCAUAAGUAGACGAAGCAGAGCGUGGUUAGUUGUCGACGCGCCCCUUGAAAGAGAGGCCGAGACAGUACGCUUGUUGAGCUUCCAAGUGUCAUUGAGCCGAGAUGUCAUGAAUUAUAACGCGAAAAGUAAAGAAGUAAGCAGUUCGUGCUGCGAACAACUCACUGACGAGGCAAAUAUGAAAAACUAA